AUGACUCAAGGGAUCUCUGAUAAAAAAACUGAUGAAAUUAUCUCUCGUACCGACGAGGUCGAAAUCAAAUUCAGGCCCUCAGAUUAUUUGCGAAUGCUUAUCGGAAUAAUAUUAUUUACUUCUAUCAUCUCAAAAUUAUCUACAGGUAGAUUUAUAGUAUAUCCAUUAAGCAAUGGCACCACAAAGAAUAAUUUAGAAAUAUCAAGUUUCUGGUAUGACAAUUAUCAGAACGUUCCAAUUGCGUUUAGUGAGAGCGAUUUAAAACAAUAUAGUGGAGAUAGUGUUUCUGAAAGAAUUGUCCUAAGUAUAAAGGGAAAUGUAUUUGAUGUCACAAGGGGAGCAAGAUUUUAUGGGAAAUGGGGUCCGUAUAAGAAAUUUAGUGGCAAAGAUUGCUCAAAUGUCUUUGGUUAUAACAGCUGGGAUCUUUCAUCUUUAUCAAAAGAGUGUAAUUCAAACAUCAGUGAACUCUCUACUGUUGAAUUGGAGAGAAUUGAUAGUUGGUUGUCAUUUUUUAAAAGAAAAUACCCAUAUAUUGGGUAUGUAAGGUAUGACGAUUGA